AAGUUUGCGCUCUCACAUGAAAGAAGGAGCUAGCGGAGGGGAUUAAACUGUAACAUCUUCUCGUACCCACCGUUCAAACGGUAUGAAGUUCAUCCAAAAUUUUUGGUGUUGUUCAUGUUCCCCGAUACGAUGCGUAGUAAAGGAGAGCGAUGUCCACGCCAGCAGUUAAGUUCCCGGACAAGAUAAACCUCCAGGCAGAAAUAAAGGUGUGACGACAGCAGGCGGUUCCACUGCAGGCCAGUGUGCAUGGUCAUUUGGUGUGUGUAUGUUUUAUGAGUGAGCAGCAUAGCAGCGGUGGGUUGUAACGUGAUGCCAAGAUGCUGCUGUCCCUGGGAAUGCUGAUGCUGUCGGCCACGCAGAUUUACACCAUCUUCACUGUUCAGAUCUUCGCCUUUCUCAACCUGCUGCCCGUGGAGGCAGAUAUCGCCGCUUACUCAUUUGACAACAAAACAGAGAACUUUGAUGACCUGCCGGCACGGUUUGGCUAUCGGCUACCCAGCGACGGACUGAAGGGCUUCCUGAUUGGGGCACGGCCAGAAAAUGCAUGCCAGCCUAUCGAGCCCCCUCCGAGGGACAACUUGACGGGCGCCUUCAUCGUCCUCAUCAAGCGCUUCGACUGCAACUUUGACAUCAAGGUCCUCAAUGCCCAGAAAGCCGGGUACAAGGCUGCCAUCGUUCACAAUGUGAACUCUGAUGACUUAAUCAGCAUGGGGUCCAAUGAUUUGGAUGUUAUGAAGCAGAUAGAUAUUCCCUCUGUGUUUGUGAGCGAGGAGACUGCCAACUCUCUGAAAGAAGACUACAUGUAUGACAAGGGGGGACAUGUGGUCCUCAUGCCAGACUUCAGCCUGCCACUCGAAUACUACCUGAUCCCCUUCCUUAUUAUCGUGGGAAUCUGCCUCAUCCUCAUUGUUGUUUUCAUGAUAACCAAGUUUGUCCAGGAUCGACACAGGGCUCGGAGAAGCCGUCUGCGUAAAGAUCAACUAAAGAAACUUCCUAUCCACAAGUACAAGAAAGGGGACAACUAUGAUGUAUGCGCCAUCUGCCUGGACGAAUAUGAAGAAGGUGACAAACUCAGAGUCCUGCCUUGUUCUCACGCCUACCACAGUAAGUGUGUGGACCCCUGGCUGACCAAAACUAAGAAGACGUGUCCGGUGUGCAAGCAGAAAGUGGUCCCCUCACAGGGUGACUCUGACUCUGAUUCAGAGGGGGAGAGCAGCCCUGAAGAGAACGAGGAGGUGUCGGAGAGCACCCCGCUGCUGCGCUCCCUGGCCUCCACUAGUGCCCACUCCUUCGGCACCAUGUCAGGAGCGUCACGCUCAGAGCACGACCAGGAGUCUUCCGAGUAUGAGGACGACGACCUGGACAGCAGCGACAGCGAGGAAGAGGUCACCGUGGAGACUGUGGUGGUGCAGAUGCAGCAGCCCUGCUCUGAAGGCCACGAGUUCGACCCCCCUCGAGCUUGACUUGAUUGUUGUCUGGCGUGAUUGGUCGCUAACCCCCCCCUCCCCCCGCACAGCUGCAGAGACUUUUGUUGGGGUCACGAACCAGAUUCAUCAUCCGAGUUCUUCUGUCACUGCUUACAAGACAUUGUAAUGUAUCAUCCCUACAAGUUCCAAUCUUAAGUUUUAUUUUUAAUAUGAUUAUGAAAUGAUGUCCUGAUUUCCAGGUGUGUGACAGGAAGUCAGUGAGCACGUCUUUAGGGGCUGCUUUCAAAUUUGACAGGACUGGUGACACUGAUUGUACAGUAGACUGUUAUACUGUAAUGUAUUUAGUUAUAAAGGUGAUAGAGAUGAAUGGGAAAAGUUGCCCAGACACAAGCUCUCACUUGACACAAAGUUCAGUAAAAGUACUGUGUAUAUAAAAAGAAUAGAUCACAAUAAGUUACAUCUUUACGUUUUGAUUAUAUCUGGUCCUACAUGUUUCAGAUGAUGGGGAAAGUUUCAUUGUUGUACAUACAUGUUCAUGCUACACUGACACACCUUGAACCGCUAUGCAGCAUCCUUUUUGUAAAAUUAACAUUCAGCAAGUAUAGAAACAUUUAAAGCCACAGCAAAUAUGGUUUUGCCAAUGUAUUUGUAGCCUGAUGUAUGAAGGAGCUUAGGUGCUCCUGUCUUGUGCCACGGUUUGUCUGUUACAGCGAUUCACACUAAAAGAGAAACUGAAGCCAAACCAGUUUGCAAAGCAAAAAGUGCUCUCCCAUGUGACGCUACACAUGUACACUGUGGGUUACGCUGGUUGGAAGUGUGGAGACAGUUGAGUGAAAACUGUCCAUGCUGCCUGUGCUAAACUUCUUUUGGCUGCUCCAGACCUAUUAUUUCAUUUAACGUGCAGUUAUUGGUUGAUAAGCAUUGUAAUAUACAUUUGACUGACCUUCUCAUUUUAUUACAGUUUAGAGUAAAUAUGCUGAAGUUUGUUUUCAUAACAUGGCUUGUUUGUCUUUUUGUUCAUGAAACCUGUUGCCUUUCAGUUUAGAUUGUCAUAGUCUUGGUGUUUUCCUGCUCAUGUAUGUACUCAAUCUGAAUUCACUUCAAUAAAAUGACACUUGUCAAAGAAA